GUCGUUCACUGUUCAUUGGCUGAAUGUGUUUUGUGACGUCAGAUGCGCAGAACAAACCUAAACUCGGCCGCCAACAUAUACGACCCACACUUUAGGUGAUGGAGAAUAAAAUGAGGGUUGAUGCUGUGAGUGUAAGAGAAUGCAAUGGCAUAGCUUACUUGAUCUAAUGAUAUAAAGGUAUCAUACUGAACUAACUUUGAUAGAGAGCCUUGGAAGUCCGAUAUCAUAAAUAAAUUUUUGCAGUAGUUUAUUUUUAUUUGUACACAUACACCUUCAAAUACUUCCUUCUGAAGCUGUGACUUGGCUGAUCUAUCAAGGUUAUCCUUAGGCAUUUCAUAGCCCAGUUCAAUAAGUGAAAGAUUAGUCCUGCAAAUGAUAAUACUCAACCACACUGAGCUUGUAUCAUGGACAAAUAUACAUACAAGGAGAGGACGCCUAUCCAUCAUUGCCGAAUUCGUCCAAAUUCGUGGUACAUGUUGGGCGAGGUGAGACAUAAAAGUGCCCCAAGUGGGAACUUCAGAUGGCCAACUGUUUAGGAAAUAAAAGGUUUUUGAUAUGGAUCUAUCACCCUGCGCACCUUAUCGAUUGUCACUGUGAUACUGUGUUCAGGAAGUGAUGUUUGGUUAAGCAGUAAGAGAACAGAUUCAUAUUGAAAGGGUUGUCGGUUCGACUCUGGCCAGUGGCAAGUAUUUUUGUGGUCCUUGGCAACGCGUACAUUUCUGACGUCACAAUUAACCGCACCAUCAUAUAGGUUAUUUUGCAUUUCUAUUUGCACAUCAUCAGCAUGGGACGUCAGUCUUUCAAAAAAGCGCAUUAUCUUGCAAACUUGGAGUUGUCAACAGUCCAUAAGGUGCAAACAUGAAUAAUCAUAUACAGUGAGUUUAUUUUGACCUCGGUGGUGCUGUCGGCACAAACACCCCUGACAAUGCCAGGCUGAACGACAGGCAGAUAUACAGAGGUCGCUACCAGACAACAGAUCACCACCAUCAUACAUUCAGGUUCCGUGUACAUACUGUGCUGCUGAUUGUAUACUGUGCUAUGAGCACUGGACUCUUGCUCGUGGAUACUUGUUGUGGUCAUGGUGAUUUUCAUGCUUAUUAUGACGGUGCUUUGAACAGGUAUCGCUGUUUGUGUUGUGAACUUUGCCAUUGUCAUAUCCAUUAAUUGUCAGACAAUGUCUUGUCUUGUAUUGAUUUACAGUAGUUAAGGGACAACACUAGCCGGGUAACUCGUUCACCUGCUUGCUCUUGACCAGGUAAUGUUAAUAUUGCGAGAUUAGUGUGUGAAUAUUCUGGGAAUUAUCGCAAUCAUUGCAGACAAAACAACUGUACCUGAGAACAAUGGAGGAAAAUACUGUGGAAAGAUCGAAAAUGUCAGACAAAAGUGAAAAUCAUAACAUGCCUCGAACAUCGGUAGAUAAAGAAAAGAAGCCAGAAGAUAAUAGCCUCCACAGCGUUGCAUCAGAGCGACGAUUGAAGACUGUGCUGGAUUUACGUGUACAGCAUUUGAUCGAAGAGGAUCUGACCACAUUAGGAAGUUCCACAGUAAUAACCAAAGAACACAUUCAAAUGGCAAAUAAAAUACACCAGAAAAUACUUGACAUUUUGUCAGAAUAUACAUUCUUGUGCGAUCAAGAGUUGAUUCGAUGCGACGACAUUUCCAAAGAAUGUGAAUAUGCAGACAUGAAGGGUGGCAUUACAUCAGGUGAUGACUACGAAUCCAAUCUUAAAAAAUGAAAGAAGAUCCAGAAUCUGUUCCACUGGAUUACAAAAUAAUGAUGGUUGAUCUUGCAAAAACACGUCCAAAGUGGAAGUUGAAGAGUCUGCAAACAGAAGGUGCAUCUCGCUUGAAGCAUAUGCAGGAUUUGAAAAUUUGGGAAGAACAUAUUAAACAGGGUGAAACUCGGAACAACAAAUAUCACAUAAUUUAUUCCUGGUCAUAUGAUCACUUCGUAGAAGCGUGGAGCUGUAACCAACAAGUCACUACUAGAAACUUGCAACAAUGGGCAUUUGCUGCUGUGAUACAGUUUCCAGAUAGGAAAUUGAAAGCUUCAGGAACUUGGGUCAAGGGGUUUAAAGAAAGACAUAAAAUUGAACAGAGAAAGGUUACAAAAUUUGUAUCGGGAAGAGAGACUGCUACUACUGAGGAAACACCUGCUGUGGCAGAGAAUUUUCGUCACCAGACUCGAGCUCUUAUCCCCAACUACAACUACUUUGUUAUCUACACCAAUCAGGCAGGCUGCCAGCAUCAGUCGACAUAUGACCGAACCCUAGAACACCAAGGGUCAAAAGAGGUGUGUGUGUGAAAUGAAAGGAUAUGAACAAAGUAACACACUCCUAUACAGCACAAUAUGCUAUGAGCCAUUAAGGAAAACUAUUACCACAUGUUUACAUUGGCUACAGGAGAGUACUGGCCCUUUUGGACUGAGUAUUAAAAAAUUAGUAGGUGUGUAUGCAGCAAAAUAUACGAAUGUUAUAAUCACUUCUUCAAAAUCCGGUAAACUGACAACAGACUUGCACAAAAAAUAUUCAACUGAUGUGAUGAAGCCCUACAUAGAAGAGAAUAAAUGUCUUGACUUGUGGGAAGAACAAAGAAGUCCACAAAUCUACAACGAACUGUUCCAAGAUGAAUACAGAUUGCCAACGUGCAGUACCAAAGCAAUUCCCCCCAAAUGUACGCCACUAGUGCAAUCCUGCGAUGUAUAUUUUUAUCAUCAGGUAAAAAAAAUCUAAUAAAAAAAAUAUCAAAACUGCACUUACCUCGUUGACGAAGAAGAAGAAAUCACAUCCUGAGAAUCUUGCAUCAAACUACAUUCCAUUGUAGAUCACCAGCUAUCCUCGCACGUAUUCAAUGACAUACUGUAUUAUGUGUGGUUCACUGCUGGACUGUGCAAUGAAAGAAGCUGUUUUCAGAAUGUCACUCAAGUUUGUUUUUCAGUGGACACAUUAAAAAAAGCUAUGUCACUGUUAAAAUGCAGUGUUUAUACGGUGCACAAG